GAGAGUGAUAGCAACCGUAGAAGAAAAAAAGCUCCCAUUAAAGCUAGCUGGUUAGCACGACUGCAAACCUAUAAUUAAACAUAUUUGUGAGUUUUUAAAAUGCUUCUACAGUCCGUAAGACCCUGGCUACUUCGAUGCAGAGUAUUACCGCUGUCUUGCGCUCGAACAUACUACGCAGACAGCGUCGCUCGGCUCGGCUCCCAACCUGAUAAACAGUCGCCUGAGUACCAGGAAAAUUAUGAGCGAAUGAAGGUUUUGGUUGAUGAAUUGAGGAGCCGAACAGAGAAGAUCAAGUUGGGUGGAGGAGAAAAGGCAAGAAAACUUCAUACAUCUCGAGGGAAGCUGUUGCCAAGAGAGCGCAUUGACAGACUACUGGAUCCAGGGACUCCGUUUUUGGAAUUUUCCCAGUUUGCAGGAUAUGAAUUGUAUGGAAAAGAGGAGGUUCCUGCCGGGGGGAUGAUCACUGGGAUUGGACGUGUUUCAGGGGUGGAAUGUGUUGUUGUUGCUAAUGAUGCUACUGUUAAAGGAGGAACCUACUACCCCAUUACAGUGAAAAAACACCUCCGUGCACAAGAAAUCGCCCAGCAGAAUCACUUACCCUGCAUUUACCUGGUGGAUUCUGGAGGAGCCAAUCUUCCCAGACAGGCCGACGUCUUUCCAGACAGAGAUCACUUUGGCCGUAUUUUCUAUAACCAGGCCAGGUUAUCUUCAGAAGGAAUUGCUCAGAUUGCUGUUGUGAUGGGCUCCUGCACUGCUGGAGGAGCAUAUGUACCAGCAAUGGCAGACGAGAGUAUCAUUGUGCGCAAGCAAGGAACCAUCUUCCUCGGAGGACCUCCUCUGGUGAAAGCUGCCACCGGGGAAGAGGUAUCUGCAGAAGAUCUUGGUGGUGCUGAUCUACACUGCAAAAAAUCAGGUGUGACAGACCACUACGCUUUAGAUGAUAACCACGCACUCCAUUUAGCCCGAAAGACGGUCCGUAGUCUCAACUACAGGAAGAAUAUCGAGGUCACUGUAGAACCCAGUGAAGCCCCCCUUUACCCCGCAGAUGAGCUUUACGGGAUAGUUGGAGAUAACUUGAAACGUAACUUUGAUGUCAGAGAGGUCAUUGCCAGAAUUGUGGAUGGCAGUAAAUUUGAUGAGUUCAAGGCAUUUUAUGGAGACACGCUGGUUACAGGCUUCUCAAGAAUAUUUGGAUACCCUGUUGGAAUUAUUGGCAAUAACGGAGUUCUGUUUUCAGAGUCUGCUAAAAAGGGAACACAUUUCAUCGAAUUAUGCUGCCAAAGAAACAUUCCUUUGAUUUUCCUUCAAAAUAUAACAGGGUUCAUGGUGGGAAGAGAGUAUGAAGCUGGAGGUAUUGCCAAAGAUGGUGCUAAGAUGGUCACUGCUGUGGCCUGCGCCAAUGUGCCGAAGAUUACAGUCAUCAUCGGUGGUUCCUACGGUGCAGGCAACUACGGCAUGUGUGGAAGAGCGUACAGCCCUCGAUUCCUCUUCAUGUGGCCAAAUUCGAGAAUCUCUGUAAUGGGAGGUGAGCAGGCGGCGACGGUCCUGGCCACCAUCACCAAAGAUCAGAGAGCACGAGAGGGAAAAGAGUUCACAGCUGAACAAGAGGCGGCUAUGAAGGAACCAAUUGUUAAUCGGUUUGAAGAGGAAGGCAGUCCAUAUUACUCCAGUGCCAGAUUGUGGGAUGAUGGUAUCAUUGAUCCAGCAGACACUCGUCUGGUUCUGGGACUGAGCCUCAGUGCAGCUCUCAAUGCGCCAUCAAAGAGGACCCGCUUUGGAGUGUUCAGGAUGUAACUUUCCUGUAGUUUUUGAUGUAUAUAGACACAUAUUUGUAGUAUAAAUUGAAAUAUGUGGAAAACAAAUUUCAAUAGGACAACUUCAGAGGACUUAGUUUUUUGACUAAUUGUCGUUGUGGGACAUUUCCACAGUAAAGUUGUGCCUUUAGUAUUACUUUUCCACUGUAAAUGUGGCUGUACUUAGAAACAUUUUUUUCUUUCUUCAGUUAAAUUUUCAUCACUUUACUGUAAAUGAAGAUUAAACACAUUAAAACUUCUGUUUUAAUUUUCUUUAAUCUCUUAAUAAUGCUAGAGAACAUGUGCUCAAUAGGGGGCACUAUGUAGCCAAGAAUAAUAGACUGCCUUGUUAAGUGAGACCUACAGGUUUAUUUUUUUUUCUGGUUUUUGGAGCUCCUUCAUGUUUUUAUGUUUUCAUAAUGCAAGGGAGUUGUCUAACAAUAAAUAAUGUAUGUGGUGUA